AUGUCGUUCCCGAAUAUCUGGCACCAUCGGAAGGUAGCCGACACCUCAGCCAAGGCAUGCGAGCUUUGCUUUAAACCAAGUACCAGUGUGCUCUUCAACCCAGAGAAUAAGGACUUCUUCUAUGUAUGCCUUGCUCAUAUCAAGGAUAGGGGCUUUUGUUCCCCGAUAAUUGAUCAGGAAGCCAUUGCCGCCAAGAAGAAGAAGGAAAUGGAAGAGGAGCUCGAGAAAGUGAAGAAAGAGUACGAAGAAAAGCAACGUAAGAAACAGGAGAAAAAUUCGAAAAAAUCAGAAGAAGAAAAGGAUAAGGCCAAGGACGAUGAAGGAAAUGACUCCAAGAAACCCGAGAAGAAAGAUGAUUUGAAGCCAAAUAGUAAAGACAAGGCGGACGACAACACCUCACCAAAACCAGAGGAAGAACCGCGCGUCUUUGCAUUACAAAGGACCUUCUAUCAACAGCGACUAGAUAGAAAACGCCAAGCUGAGAUGGCUAAGAGAAACCGAGAACGCUUAAGUAACCCUAGCUACUUUCCAUCCGUUCCUAAGGACCUCCCUUGA